CCCGCGGCUUCUUCUGAGUCCCGCAGACUGACGACGACUGCCGAUCCGCGGCGCCCCCCCGCGCUGUGGCGAUGUCCGCCGUCCGCGCCGCAGCGCCGGCUCUGGGAGGCGCUUCGCCGUGGCGUGCCGCGGCGCACCGAGGGUGACCCAGAAUCCGAGGUAGAGCUCCCCGUCUCGCUGCAGCUGUCUCACUGGUGCGAGUUGACGGUGUACUCCGACGACCCCAAGGCAGGCUUGGGGCCGCCGCUGGUCGCCACGGAGCCACUGCCAGAACCUACCGAAGAGGAGGAGGACGCGGCCGGCGGCGGCGGCGGCGCAGCCCUGCGCGCCGCGCUGGGGGCGUGGCUGGCAGCGCGGACCGAUGCGGAAG